AUGCAUAUCGGGGAACACGAAGACGAGCUCAUCGAAAAUUUUUCUUGCAAUUGCCUGGAAAAUCGUGACUAUUCGACGAUUCGCAUUCUUGGUGUUAGGAGAGGUGAAGGCGACAAUGAUCUUGCCUUUCUCCAGAUUGUAAACAAAUCUACACAGGAUAAGGGAAAGCAUAUAAUAUCGGAGCGUGUCAUCGAGCCUCUGAGACAGGCGAAUGUUGGAAACAUUUCGCAAUAAGGUAAAGCUACUACAACAGACGAGGUUACAUAUGAGUGGGUGGCGACUACCUUUCAAGAGUACGCUAUAGAGAAAGACGAGGACGAUGCAAGAUUUGAUGUAGUUCACUUUUUUCAUAGUCUCUACUAUGUUUAUCUCGAGACUACGUUGAAGCAUUGUUACGAGAAAGAACUUAAAGCGCAUUGA